GCGCGGAGAAGAGCCCGCCCCCGCCCUGCCCCGCCGCAGUCCUCAACCAGGUCGGGCCGCCGGCAAUAAAGGGAGGCGCGGGCGGCCGUUCCCGCCAGACGCGGCUUUGGGUCAGUGGAAGAGGAGAACAUGUCCGGGCGCGGCAAAGGCGGGAAGGGGCUCGGCAAGGGGGGCGCCAAGCGGCACCGCAAGGUGCUGCGCGACAACAUCCAGGGCAUCACCAAGCCGGCCAUCCGGCGCCUGGCUCGGCGCGGCGGCGUGAAGCGCAUCUCGGGGCUGAUCUACGAGGAGACGCGCGGCGUGCUGAAGGUGUUCCUGGAGAACGUGAUCCGCGACGCCGUGACCUACACGGAGCACGCCAAGAGGAAGACGGUGACGGCCAUGGACGUGGUGUACGCGCUCAAGCGCCAGGGACGCACCCUCUACGGCUUCGGCGGCUAAACUCGGUUCCUGCAAUAGGUUACGCUCCUACAAAAAACAAAGGCUCUUUUCAGAGCCGCCCAA